UGCAAGAUAAGAACCCGUGCAAAACUGCAAUCACUCCCAGCCCCGUUCACCACCCACAGCCAGAGCCACGGAGCCUGUUGCUCCUGCCUGUACUGCUGCAGAGGGAUGGGGCUGCUCCUGAAGUUUUUCAUUCCCUUGCUGGGACUGGUACUGGCCUUUUAUUUUUAUUCAGCACCCGAGAAUUUCAAUGAAGAGAUGCUGCGGGGAAAACGAGUGAUCGUGACCGGAGCCAGCAGUGGCAUCGGGGAGCAGAUGGCAUAUCACUUGGCACGCAUGGAGGCCCACCUACUGCUCACGGCACGGACGGAGGCCAAGCUGCAGAAAGUUGUGGAGCGGUGCCUCCAGCUGGGCGCCGCGUCUGCCCGCUAUGUGAGUGGCUCUAUGGAGGACACCGCAUUCCCCGAGGUGGUGGUGAGGGAGGCUGAGAACACCUGGGGAGGCCUCGAUAUGCUCAUCCUAAAUCACAUCGGUUACUCCUACUUCAGCUACUUCAACGGGGAUGUUGGGCAUGUACGAAAGCUCCUGGAGAUCAACUUCCUCAGCUACGUGGCCAUGACCGUGUCUGCGCUGCCCAUGCUGAAGGAGAGCGAGGGCAGCAUCGUAGUUGUUUCAUCCGUGGCAGGUAAAAUUGGCUCCCCAUUUGCUGCUCCCUACUCUGCAACAAAGUUCGCCUUAGAUGGAUUUUUCAGCUCCUUGCGACACGAAUUCAUCACAGACCAGGUCAAUGUCUCCAUCACACUCUGCAUCCUGGGCUACAUCGACACAGAGAACGCUGUCCGAGCAGUCUCGCAUGCCAUCCGGGGCACACCAGCGCCGAAGGAGGAGUGCGCGCUUGAGAUCAUCAGAAGCGGGACGCUGCGCCAGCGGGAGCUGCACUACCCGUCCUCAGCGGUGAGCAGCCUGCUCCUCCUUCAUGCCAUAGCCCCCGACUUCCUUGACUCCUUCAUCAGGAGCAACUAUAAGGUGGAAAACAUCAAAAGAACAUAGCUACCGGGGCAGCGAGCACGCCAGGACACCUUGUGCCAGGCACGAGGGAACUGGGUUUUAAUCCAGCUAUUCCAGCGCCCUUUUCCACAUCACUGGGGCAGCCCCAUGCUGAUGCACCCUGGCAGCCUGAGACGGGAUGCACCAGAAGACUACAACACACAGCAUGAAAACAUCCUUUUUAGUAACAAACUCUUGCAACUGGCUUUUUCCAACCAAGACGCACUUCAGAGAAGCUCCAGGUGGCAGGAUCUGCUGCCAGUGUCCUGCUCACCAGCAGGAACCACUCCCCCAUCGAAAGCCACGGCAGCAGCGGUGCUGAGCGCUGCAGGAGGCGAGCUGAGCCGUGGCCCAGAACAAGGAUUAGGGCCAGCAGCACAAACCACCCAAAGCUACAAGAGGGCCUUUGAAACGGGGAUUAUUUUUUUUUUUUGGUCAUGUAUCCCUUUCUAGGCUGGUCUUUGAAAAAAAUAAAUUCUGUAUUAUUUUACAAGA